AUGACACGUAACUUUCAAAUAGCAGUUCCAGCAUCCUCGGCCAAUAUUGGUCCAGGUUUUGAUGUCUUAGGUAUAGGUCUAGGUUUAUAUCUUGAAUUAGAUGUCACUGUUGACUCAAAAUAUGCUUCAGAAACCAAUGACGAUCCAAAUAAUUGUUUGAUUUCAUAUGAUCCAUCAAGUCAAGGUGCUGAAGAUGUUCCGUUAAAAUCAGAUGAAAACUUGAUCACCCGUACAGCUUUAUACGUUUUACGCUGUAAUGAAAUCAGAUCUUUCCCAAUUGGUACCAAAAUAUCAGUCAAGAAUCCAAUCCCAUUAGGUAGAGGUUUAGGUUCAUCUGGUGCUGCUGUUGUUGCUGGUGUUAUUUUAGGUAAUGAAAUUGGUAAAUUAGGUUUCAGUAAACAAAGAAUGUUAGAUUACUGUCUAAUGAUCGAACGUCAUCCAGAUAACAUCACUGCUGCUAUGAUGGGUGGUUUUGUUGGUUCAUAUUUACGUGAUUUGAGUGCUGCUGAAAUGGAACGUAAAGAAAUUCCAUUAAGUGAAGUCUUACCAGAACCAGCUGGUGGUCAAAAUACAGGUCUUGUCCCACCAAUCCCACCUCAUGACAUUGGUCGUCACAUCAAAUAUGAUUGGUGUAAAAAAAUACAAUGUAUCGCAAUCAUUCCAGAUUUCGAAGUCUCCACAGCUAAAUCAAGAGGUGUUUUACCAAGUGCAUUCACAGCUAAAGAUAUGAUUUUCAAUUUACAAAGAUUAGCUGUUUUAACUACUGCAUUGACUAGAUCACCACCAGAUCCAGAAUUAAUUUAUCCAGCUAUGCAAGAUAGAGUUCAUCAACCAUACCGUAAGACUUUAAUUCCAGGGUUGACUGAAAUCUUAUCAUCUGUCACACCAAAAACACAUCCAGGUCUUUUAGGUAUCUGUUUAUCAGGUGCAGGUCCAACUAUUCUUGCAUUAGCUACUGAAAACUUUGAAAACAUUGCUGAAGAAAUUGUCAACAGAUUUGCCAAAGAAAAGAUCACAUGUAGCUGGAAAGUUUUGGAUUUAGCUUACGAAGGUGCUGUUGUUCAUGAAAAAUAA